AUGUCUAUCUAUUUAUCUAUCAAUAUUUUAAUCUGUUCAUAUCUAUCUAUUUUACUCUUCUCAUAUCUAUCUAUCUAUCUAUCUAUCUAUCUAUCUAUCUUAGACUGUUCAUGUCUAUCUUUUUAUAUCUAUUUUAAUCUACUGUUCAUGUCUAUCUUUUUAUCUAUCAAUAUUUUAAUCUGUUCAUAUCUAUCUAUUUUACUCUUCUCAUAUCUAUCUAUCUAUCUAUCUAUCUAUCUAUCUAUCUAUCUAUCUAUCUUAGACUUCUACUCAUAUCUAUCUAUCUAUCUAUCUAUCUAUCUAUCUAUCUAUCUAUCUUAUCUACUGUUUCAUUCUACUCAUAUCUAUCUAUCUAUCUAUCUAUCGAUUUAUUUUAGUCUCUUCAUAUCUAUCUAUCUAUCUAUCUAUCUAUCUAUCUAUCGAUUUAUUUUAGUCUCUUCAUAUCUAUCUAUCUAUCUAUCGAUUUAUUUUAGUCUCUUCAUAUCGUAUCUAUCUAUCUAUCUAUCGAUUUAUUUUAGUCUCUUCAUAUCUAUCUAUCUAUCUAUCUAUCUAUCGAUUUAUUUUAGUCUCUUCAUAUCUAUCUAUCUAUCUAUUUUAGUCUGUUCAUAUCUAUCUAUAGUCUGUCUUAGUCUAUUCAUAUUUAUCUAUCUCUCUUUUAUCUUAUCUAUCUAUCUAUCGAUUUAUUUUAGUCUCUUCAUAUCUAUCUAUCUAUCUAUCUAUCUAUCUAUUUUAGUCUGUUCAUAUCUAUCUAUCUGUCUGUCUUAG